AUGUUGAUUCGCACAACUCCCGUCCAAGAGACUGGGAACCACCAGCCAAAAACCGAGCCAGCGUCGUUUGCGUUUCCACCUUGGCACCAAUACCCGCCACUGUAUACGAUCCAACCGUGUGCACGCACGCGAGAAAGACAGCUUUAUUUAUGGAGGCGUCUGAUUCUGGACUACUGUGAGCACUUUUGGAUAUUGACCCUGCGUUUGUAUGAUGCGGAAAGCCCCCAAAUGCCGUUAUUUUGUAACCGUGCGAUCCAGCGCCGGCUAAGUCGUUCAGCACUGCAGUGCAUCUUCCAGGAACUCGUCUUGAGUGGAGACGCAGCUUGGAGCAACCCCGAGGAAAAAGAGGAGUUGCUUAUUUUCUGGCGAUCACCACGACUCUGGGCCGAUGAACUGCUCCGCGUCGUGGCCCAGUACGGGCAGAACAAGGGCGGCGUGUUCACACUGCCAGAGUUAGCGAGCAUGCUUGGUGAGCGCUGCUCGCUCGGACGACAGCAGCGCGCACAAGCCCUGCAAACAGCCAUACCUAUCGCUUUUUUGGAGCAUAUUCUGGAGCUACUCGCAGCACAGGGCAAAGCGCGUGUGUUCAGCACGAAUGAGGGACGCGGUGUGAAGUUUGAUUUCUCAUAA